AUGCAUGCCUUCAACGGGUACAACUCAUGUCUUUUUGCUUACGGACAAACGGGAAGUGGUAAGACGUACACAAUGAUGGGAGGAGAUCCGGGUUCUGUGUCCGGUGUGGAUGCUGGGGUGAUACCGCUACCUGGAUCUUGGCGCAAUAGCGGGCACGGCUAG